UCUCACACACACUUCGCCAGCUGCCAACAACGCACGGGGGCUUGCACCGGAGUUGUCGCCCUUGGCGCGGCUGGGGCUCCCCGCCGCCGCCACCAACUCCCGCGGGUCAUCCGUCCAGGUUCAUCAUAAUGGCCACCCGCGUCUUCUCUCGCUUGCUUGCCCCACUGCAGCGGCAGAUUUGGCCGCUGGUGCGGUUUUCAUCCUCCGCGUCUGGAGUCACGGAGGGGGUCUCAACCACCACCUCUUCUGAACCCGGCGCCAACACCUCUACACCAUCUGCUGAACCAUCCGCCCGGCCUCCACGCCCGAGGCCCGUCUGUAACGUCAGCGACAUCAGCAGCUACCUGUGGACGCGCUACGACGAGACCAAGAAGUUGGUGAAAGACAUCGUGCCCCCUGGGCAAUGCCACCUGCUGAACCACAGCGCCGUGUACGUCAACAACGAGCUGUGCCUGGACGACAUCGGCACCUACGGCUUCGACUACGACUACACGCUGGCGCUCUACUCGAGCGCGCUGCACCACAAGAUCUACAACGCCGCGCUCGACAUCCUCGUCAAGCAGUACAAGUACCCGGAUGAACUGAAGAAGUACGAGUACCGGCCGGACUUUGCCACCCGGGGCCUCCACUAUGACAUCCACAAGGGGCUGCUCAUGAAGAUCGACGCCUUCCAUCACGUCCAGCUGGGCUCGGUGUACAGGGGCUACUCGCCGGUACCUGACGACGAGGUGAUGAGCCUCUACAGUGGCACCCACGUGCGCCUUCACCAGAUGACCGACUUCUACGGCAAGGGAAGCCGCAUGAAGCAGUACAUGGAUGUGUUCUCCAUCCCGGAGAUGACUCUGCUGUCCAGCGUCAACGACCACUUCAAGGACAACCGCAUUGAGUACGACCCCAUACACCUCUACAAGGAUGUGUCGGACGCGGUGAGGGAUGUCCACGUGAAAGGGUUGAUGUACAAGAUCAUUGAGGAGAAUCUUGAGGAGUACAUCCAGAGUGGGGAGGAGACCUAUGCUGUCCUCCAGAAACUCGUGAGCUAUGGCAAGAAACUCUUCCUCAUCACCAACAGUCCGUUCAGCUUUGUCAACAAAGGGAUGCUGCACAUGGUGGGCGAGGACUGGCGCGAGCUGUUUGACGUCAUCAUCGUGCAGGCUGAGAAGCCGGCCUUCUUCACGGACAGCGCCAAGCCCUUCCGCCGCCUAGACGACUCUGGCUGCCUCCAGUGGGACAAGAUCGACAAACUGGAGAAGGGCGAGAUCUACCAGCAGGGUAACCUUUAUGAGUUUCUGCGUCUGACUGGCUGGGUCGGCACAUCCGUCCUCUACUUCGGAGACCACAUCUACAGCGACCUUGCCGACCUGACCCUCCGUCAUGGCUGGCGCACGGGCGCCAUUGUUCCAGAGCUGGAGGGGGAGAUCCACAUCAUCAACGGGCAGGAGUACACGGACGCCCUCACCUGGCUACAGUCUCUCACCGGGCUGCUGGAGCGCAUGCAGAUGUACCGUGGCCAGGAGGCUCAGGUUAUCCUGACUAAGUGGAUGGAAGAGCGAGAGGAACUCAGAUCCAAGACCAAGAACCUCUUCAAUCCGUACUUCGGCAGCAUCUUCCGUACGUUCCACAACCCGACGUACUUCUCGCGCCGCCUGUCGCGCCUUGCCGACGUGUACAUGGCGUCGGUAAGCUGCCUCCUCAACUAUGACAUGGGUUACACCUUCUACCCGCGCCGCAUGCCACUGCAGCACGAGUCUCCCCUGUGGAUCGACCAGCUGUGCACCGGCUGCGUCAAGACUCCCUACCUAACCGAGAUGUCCAACAUCCGUUGAGUGCCUCUCCAAGCCUGCGCCCCCACCACCCCUCCCCACUUACACCCAGAUUGUCUCUGGACGUGCUGUGCUGCUCUCUUGCUGCCCCCCCCCCUUCCCUGGCUGCCUGUCAGACUGGUUGGGUGUUUAGGGGUCACUUGAGCAAUCGGCAGAUUGUUGGUAAAGAUCUGGCAAAGGAAAUGGUCUCAUUUUGAGGUGGGUUAAGUGUAACAUCUGUUCUUAACUCCAUUGUUGGCCCGUGACAAAGUUUGAAAGGAUAGAUGGGUAGUUUGUGGAAGAGGGAGUGUAGUGAGUCUGUCUGCCAGAGAUGGCCUGACUUGGGUGCUGGGCAAAGGAGGUGUGCUUUGGCAGGCAGUAGAGGGAGCGAUGUUGGUGAUGCUGAUGAAUUGGAGACCUUUGACUCAUCUGUCUCGUUGGUGCUUUGGAACAGAACUGUUUGACCUGGGUAAGUUUCAGAGGGGAGGAAAAAUGGCUUUGCCGCUUGGAGGUAAGCGCAGUAACCAUCCGCUCGUGUGGUGUUGUCGUAGCCAGACUGCAUGGCAAGGUCCACCUGGCUUCAGCUAUCCUUGAGCAAUUUAAGCGUUUCCUCAACCUAAACUUCCUUAACUCUAUCCCUAACCUCGUACAUAACCUUAUCCCUAAAAAUGUUAUCCACCUCUACAAGGGUUGUUUGAAUUGGCGUCACAACCUUCACCUCUUCUCCCCCUUCAUUCCUCCUACCCACGUCAAACUUUCUGUUUAACUUUUAUAGUGUUCCCAUCCGUAGUAUUUUAGUCUGAUGGUAAUAGUAGUAGCGUGUGAUUUUUACCCCCCCCCCCCCCCCAAGGGAAUUUUCGUCGUUUUAACUGCCGCUGUAGUCGUCUCUGGACGGACAGACGCACAAAGGUGGAGCUGACGGGUAGCACGAAGCCUCCCGAAUCCCCUAAUUGACAACCAAACUUGGGUGGUGACGAAAUUCCAGAAACUUUAUCAAUUUUUGAAAAACACUUUUUAACUUUCGCAUUUCCUUUUUAAUUCAUUGUAGCUGGCAAAAGUGUGUUUGUAGUUUUUUUAGAACGGGUUACACUCUGGAUUUGACCCCAGUGCUGGGGACUUCAAAACUAUGACUUGUACCUGCUCCCUCCCGUUAAGUUUCAUAUUUUGUAUGCUUAGUACCCCUCGUUAACUAGUUGACUUGGUGAUAAACCAGAAUGAGAUGAAAGAAUGUUUAUCGUAAUGGCUGCCUUAUGAAAUGGAAAUCAAGUUAUAUACCCAGGUAUCCAGAUUAUUAAUGUAUCCGUGAGUAUGAAUAUCUGAUCAGUAUACGCGGUUACCUAUCUAAACUACCAAAUGCUCGUUUUUACCAUAUGACAAUCCUGGAACCUAUGUGCAUAUGCUAAUUCACCUGCAAGAAAAACUAAUAGAACCCAGUCUGCAUACCAAUGUACCACCCAAGUUCUGUAUCCCUACCUGAAAUAUCAGUCUUAACACCUUUGCACCAGCAUACCCAAAUGUGCACAUAUACGUUAACUGGAUGCCUUCUGGGUUAGUUUAAGUUGUCUAACGGCAAACGCUAGAACCCCCCCCCCCCCCCCCCCCGUGAUUAUCCCACUCAUGCCUUGUGUUUACAAUAGAUGUAUUACCUAAAACCUCGCAGGAUGUAUCCACAACCAUCGUUGUGUAACUUUAACUAAAGACACGUUUGCAAUUUUUUUAAUGACUUGAAAUUGUCUGCGGGAAGAUGAAGCAUUGCUGCCCAACUGCAUGCGGAUGGGCAAAGAUGAGACUUACAGGGUAAUGACGAUGCAAGUGACUUGUUUUUAAAGAUGUAGUUCACAUGUCCACCGGGUGACUCGAAAGGUGUUGUCGAUUGCUUUUCGUUGCCGGUAAUUUUGUAGACUUCUUGCACUCGGCCGUCUCGUUUGCUGUAAUUGUAUUGCAGAUCGUUUCCUGCUUGACAAAUUCGUCAAUACCCUGCGCGAGUUUUUAAUUCCCCCCCCCCCCCCCCCCCCCCCCCCCCCCCCCCCGUGGUCUUUCUGCACCAGAUUUGUUUUGACCACGAUUCCCAGCGUAAGUUUGUCACGGGACGAGGGCUCCCAUGCCCACAAACCCAUUUUUCCCACCUGUGAGAUUGUGCCAGCGUGCUACGGCACUUGCUACAUUUUCCAUUUGGCACAUGCCAAGCACCACCCUGCCAACGCCAAACUAUGGCAGACUGGUGCAUGCGUAAUCUUAAUCUUGACGGCAUAGAUUCAACUGCUGCCAAAACCCCAGGCUGCUCAAAAUCCCACGGCUCGCGACAACUCGUGCUACCCCAUGUGGUGCCUUGGGCUGCACAUUGGAGGUGAUUUUAUCCACCGAGCCUGGAAGGUGGCAGCAGCGGGAAUUGGCGGCUUUGCUCCUGGUGCAGUGGUAACGCAGAUUUAAAGUGGGCCCUCUCAGAUCAUGACGGUGUUUGUGUGCAGUGUGCUCCGACGGUGGUGGUUUUGACGCGUUAUAUCUCGCGAUGCCGCAGUGAUUGAACUGUAAACGGGGCGACGUCCAGAACCGAAUGUGGUCUCGCUUUUUUUUUUUCUCCCCGGGCUUUCAAUUCAUCUCGUUUUUGGCUUUUCUUUGUAGCUAAUACAAUGGUGAAUUCGGUAUAGGGCAAUUCCAUACGCAGUAACUGUACAAGUUACAGGUACUGCCAACCAAUUCAACUUUUGGAAUAAUGAUGGCAGUGUAUUUUGUCCUCGUGCUACCGCAGUGGAUUUUGUGGCGCGCCGCACUUGUAAUGCAGAGGUCGCCGGUUUUUUUUAUUCAAAAAUAUUUUCCCCAAAUUAAAUUGCCAAAUUUAAAUGCUUCAUAUUUCCCCUCCCCCACCUCUCCCCUUGACUCUGUCUCCCUGAAGUGUGCCCCCCCAGCAGUAGUGAGUAAUGUGCAGUGCCACUUUGUAGCCCCCCCCAGUCACAACAGCCCUGUGGCUUUUGCGAGGCCCUGGUGAGAUUUGGUUUGCAGCGUCGACGUCCCGUGGAGUCCUGUUGUUUCUCGAAGCUGUUACGCGACUUUCCAUUCAAUAAAGCUGGUUUUCAUUCUC